UGGAAUGCACCCGGAACUCACUUCCUCUUGAAGACCUGUGUUGAAUUAAGAAAGUAGUUGCACCUGUUCCCAUGAAACGUUCACGUUCGGAGAGAUGGCAACUUGAGAAGCACAAGAAUAACAGUAGCGACCGGAACAGCGUGUUGUAAUGUCGUCCCAGGCUGAGGACGUGGCGGAACUUUUAGAAAUAGACAUAUGUAACGGCGACAUCUGUUCGGAGGGGGAGAGCGGAGUGUUUAUCAACUCAGGUACAGGUGCGUCACUCUUAGACGGCUUCUCGGCGUUUCAGCAGUGGACCGGACCUAGUUCUCGGUCCUCUUCAGGCCACGACAACACAAAGAGACCGAGAGACAGCGCCAACGACACAUCAUCCCCGAGUCUGUAUCCCCAGAACGGCCUGGGGUCUGGAGCCGGUGAUCGUGUGACUCUUGGCGACCUCCAGGGUCAGGCUCUCCGAGCCCCCCGCUCCUCCAUAGUGGACUGUCUGUUGGUGGAGCUCUAUGACACCUACAGCAGCGCCCGGCUCAGUGUAGACAGCCCGGAUAGCAGUACCGAGGCGUCCAGCUCUGAGCUGUUCUGCCGCAGUAAUACUGGAUCCAGCUUCCUCCAGGAACUGCAGGAGAAACACACCAGGAGACACCAGGUCAACUACCUGUCUCAGAAAGCACCAGAAGAGUUGAGCUGUGUCAUAGUGGAGGUACGCUACAGGACGGGUCUCCAGUCAGCCAAGCUGCUGCGCCAGCUGAAGAGGAGAGACCGCCUCACUCACAAGCUCCAGAAGAACUAUGACAUCAUCACCGCCUGUCUGCAGGCCGUGUCCCAGAAAAGAAGAGUGGACACCAGGUUAAAGUUCACCAUCGAACCUUCUCUGGGCAAGAACGGCUUCCAACAGUGGUAUGAUGCUCUGAAGGCUGUGGUCAGACUUCCUACAGGCAUCCCUAAAGAGUGGAGGAAGAGGGUAUGGCUGACUCUGGCUGAUCAGUACCUCCACAGUAUCUCUAUCGACUGGGACAAAACUCUUCGCUUCGCUUUCAACGAACGCAGUAACCCUGACGAUGACUCACUGGGCAUCCAGAUUGUUAAGGACCUACACAGGACAGGAUGUAGUUCAUACUCCGGCCAGGAGGGGGAGCAGGACCGGGUGGUGCUGAAGAGGGUACUCCUGGCGUACGCUCGCUGGAAUAAGGCUGUAGGAUACUGUCAGGGCUUCAACGUACUGGCAGCUCUCAUACUGGAUGUUACAGAGGGCAACGAGAGCCACGCACUCAAGGUGAUGAUCUACCUGAUAGACAAGGUGCUACCAGAGAGUUAUUUUGCCAACAACCUGCGUUCCCUGUCUGUGGACAUGGCUGUGUUUAGAGAUCUCCUGAGGAUGAAGCUGCCCCAUCUCUCACAGCACCUACACCUCCUGCAGAAGACUGCUGAUAGAGAGGCUGGAG